GUUCCUCUUUAAAAUAUUGCUCAAAAGUAUUCAUUGAAACUAGAAACAAUUUAUAAACAAACCAAUUUUAAAAAUAUUCAAAAAUUUGACAAACAAGAUGCCUCUACCUGUCACUGCGGCUUUUAACAAACACCAAGUCUCCCGGGCAGAUGGUAAUGCAGUACUUCCUCGGUCGAGAAUUGCUAUCGCUGGGAUUGAGGCUGGGUAUAACUUACAAUCUCCAGUAAUUAAUGACGCAGUUUCUCGCUCUCAAUACCCAGGACAGCUCACCCGUGAAGAGUUCAUUGACUUUUGUGAACUAAAUAAAAGCUCAUAUAUCUCUCUUGAAGAUUUGGCCAAGUCAGUCGUUAUUGUUGCGCCGUCCAAUGUCAUCACACGCGCCUCACUCGAAAAAAUUUUCAAUGAAGCUCGUUCCAACGAUAAUCCGUUGUCUGAGGAUGAAAUUGAUGAAUUGUUCAAUAUCUUAGAUAAUGAACAUAAGGGCGCAUUCACUGCUGACUAUUUCAUGCAAGCUCUGUAUGGUGAUGAGGGAUCUUUGUGUUUGGCUGAGCAGCGCGCAAAUAAUGUGCUUAAAGCAAAGAUGUUGAAAGAUGCCGAACAUAAUGCACAGAAAAGUGGGCGAAAUUCCAAGCCGAUUAAAAAUAAGACGAAGGCUUGCUGUUAAUAGCAGAAAGCAGAAGUAUACAUUUCAAGUAAAUCGCAGUGUCUUUUGGAUAUACAAUUGCCAAAUGUGAAUUCACAGUUCCAAGAAUUAUAUAGACUAAUAUUAUAUAUGUGCCUUUUUUUAUUAUGCCUAUACAAAGUGACAUCAAUAUAUAUUAUUUUCAGAGGCAUAGUAAGGAAAAUGACGCUUCCAUAUGCUUUUUAAUGUAUGUGGGAAAUAAAAGAUAUUUUUCAAACAAGGAAACGAGGGAGUAAAUUUGUUCUAAUACAGUUGAAUAUCAGUGUAAAAAGAGGGUUUAGCUGUAAAUUGGCUUUGAAUAUAUGUAGGUAGGAAAUAUUAGGACUCGAAUUUUCUAGAUUUAUAUUUUAGGUGAUACGAAGAUUAUUUUCAUACCUUUUGUGAGAUCUUUUCGCAUAAUUUUAUUUGAGUUUAGAUUGACUUAUGAACAUCGUCAUAAUAUUCCAGCAA